UACUACUUCACGAGAGUUGCAAUAGAAGUGCAUCAGGGGGUUCCUUAAGUACUUCACCAUGGCGAGGUGGGACCGAUACGGCGGCAGGGCCAUCUUCGUCGGCAACCUGCCUAUUGAUGUACGUGAGAAGGAGCUCGACGAGAUGUUUUACAAGUUUGGCCGCAUCCGCAUGAUUGACAUCAAGAAGCCGGCCAGGCCACCAGGUUUCGCAUUUAUCGAGUUCGAGGACCCUCGGUCUGCUGAGGAGGCAGCAAGGAGGCGGAACAACUAUGAGUUCGCUGGUAUGCGCAUGCGUGUCGAAAUCGCUCGUGGCGGAGAAACCGCUGGAGCACAACAGCCAUUGCGCAUCGGUUAUCGACCCAUCCGCAACACGUUGGGUUUCCGGUUGUACGUGAAGGGUCUACCCCGCUCCGCAAGCUGGCAAGACCUCAAGGACUUCGUGCGCCGCGUGUGCAAGCCGCUGUACACGGAAAUCUUCAAGGACCACCGUGACAACGUGCUAGGCGUGGUGGAGUUCGAGUCCAAGGAGGACAUGAAGGCGGCCGUCCGCAAGCUGGACGAUUGCGAGUUCACCAACCCCUUCGACAAGGGCCACUACGUGCGCCUGGUUGAGGACCUGGAGGAGCGAGGCCGGAGCCGCAGCAGGAGCCGCAGCCCCCGCCGCGACCGUGGAGACCGCGAGCGGGUCCGCGAUAGGUCACGCAGCCGGUCGCGCUCACGGUCGCGGUCGCGCAGCCCCAAGCGUGAGAGCCCCAGCCGCUCGCGAUCGCGGUCGCGCAGCCCGGUGGCCAAGUCCAAGUCGCGCUCACGGUCCCGGACGCGGUCGCGCUCACGGUCGCGGACUCGGUCGCGGAGCCCCGCAGCCGACAAUGCCAAGGAAGCCGACCGCAAGGAGGCUGAUCGCGAGGAGGACGACCGUCGCUCGCAGUAGUUUGCUUAGCCGGAGCUGUGUGAGUUGUGCAAUGCAAGCAGUUGCCACUUCCAGCGGAUUUAUUGUUGUGUGUGCUGUUCAUGUUGUUUCUCUGCCUGGAGGGUGCCACAAUGCAGCUUGUGCGUUGCUGUAACCUUGCAUGUACAGUGUUUACGAGUGACGCUUGGGAGUUGUGCUUUGCAUGUACGGUUUGACUUGCUGCCGAGUCGGCAAGCGUUUAGUACUGUGUUUGAACUGGUAUGAUAGCUGACCCAAUCAGGACGUAUCCUCCUUUAAGAGAGGCACGCAUUGGCACAGCGGUUGCAAAAAGCCAGCAUUUGGAGGGAUCUGUGGUUGUUGCACGCCACGACGCGUAACGCAGUGAAGACGGUUACCCCGCCAUUCACUCGCCGCUUGGACUGGUUGUAAGUUGUAAAAAGGACAUGCGUCG